AGAAAAUAGAAUACUUCGUUCCUAGUCGAUUCUCUAUCAUCUCAAAUCUCUCUAUCUGGUGCUUGUAGAUGGCUGCUUCUUCGUCUUCAUCAUCUGGAGGCAGUUUUAAGUACGACGUUUUCAUCAAUUUUAGAGGCGAAGACACCCGUAGCUCUUUCGUCUGUCAUCUUUACCACGCUCUGAACCAGACUCUGCUCGACACCUUCAUAGAUUCCGAAGAGCUUCAAAAAGGUGACGACCUCUCGAAGCUAUACAAAGCCAUUCAAGACUCGAGGCUUUCGAUUCUAGUUUUUUCUAAACACUAUGCAACUUCUACAUGGUGCUUAAAAGAACUGGUUCAGAUCCUGGAGUGCAUGGAUCGGCAGAACCAGAUUGUGGUGCCCAUUUUCUAUCAAGUAGAUCCUUCCCAUGUUCGCAAACUCAAGGAAAGCUUUGCAGAAGCUUUUGCAAAACAUGAAAGCGAUUCCAAUGUAAACAAGGAAGAGUUGGAGAGCUGGAAGUCCAGUUUAACGAGAGCUGCGAAUUUAUCCGGUUACCACUCCAAAGAUUAUCGGGAUGAUAUCCAGCUUAUCAAUAGCAUUGUAGAAAACAUCUUAAAGAAGGUGAUCCGCAUCUCACCAAGCUGUAAAACCGAUGACUUGAUUGGAAUGGACACUCACAUGAAUAAAAUUGAUUCGUUAUUCAAAUCAGGGGUGGAUGAUUGUCGCAACGUUGUUGGAAUCUGGGGUAUGGGUGGCAUCGGCAAGUCAACAAUCGCUAGAGCUGUAUAUGAUAAUAUCAGUCCUCAAUUUGAACACAAGUGCUUUCUUGAUAAUGUGAAGGAGGGCUUCACAAAGAAAGGUGCAAGACAGAUGGUUGAAGACCUUUUAUGUGCAACUUUGAACUUAAAAGAUGGACGCACUUUAGUUGGAGGCGUGAAUAUGAUAAAGGAAAGACUAGGUAAGAAAAAGGUUCUUCUUGUUCUUGAUGAUGUGGACGCAAUGGAGCAAAUUGAUACCUUGAUUGGAGAAAAUCCUUCAUUUGGCAUGCCUUCAAAAUCUGGAUCUGACUGGGUGCUCAAAACUUUCAAAGUUGCCUGACAACUUCCAGAAUUGGGAAUCUUUGAAUAAUCUGGAUAAUCUGGAGGGAAGUGGAAUGAAACAUCUUCCAUUCUGCAUAUCGCGAAUGAAAGAAUUUUCAUGUACGGGAUGUAAAGAAUUGACAGCGCCCUUUAUCUCGUGGCCAACAUGUAUGAGGAAUCCUAGCUCCUCUAUUCUGGUCUAUCUUAAUUUAAGUGGCUGCAAUGUUUUGGAAUUAUCGGAUGCUAUUGCUCAUUUGUCAUCACUGAGAGAAUUAAUCUUAUCGGGAAACAAUAACUUGGAGAGUCUACCUGAAGCGAUGAAUCGCCUGG